AUGGAGGUGGACGAGUUGCUCAAGAUGCUCCAGUUGAGUGAGGAAGAGAAGGACGGCGUGGUGCUGGCAAAAGAGGACCGGGAGAACCUCCCUGCAGUGAAGUGGAUGGCGGCGGCAAAACUCCUCACAGCAAAGGAGUUCAGCGUGACCUCGAUGGUGUCCACCAUGCGUUCGGCGUGGAACCCAGCCAGGGAAGUGACCUUUCGGGGAUACGCAUUGAUGCUUGAGGAGCUCGACGGAUCGACAACAAUCCCCAGCGAGAUGCCAAGUAAGGUGCUUGGUUGGAUCCAAAUUCACAAGAUCCCUCAUCUUUUUCGCACCGAAGCCAUUGUGAAACAACUUGCUGCGAAGGUGGGGGAGGUGCAGGAGAUAGAGAUGAAGGCAAUUGCAUCGAGGACCGGGGACUUCCAUCGAGUCCGGGUGAAGCUUGCUGCUGCAAAACCCCUAAUUCGGGUGGUGACCCUUGCUCCCGAGGGACAGGCCAAGAUUUUGCUCCAAGUGAAGUAUGAGAAGCUUCCUCGGUUUUGCGCCCACUGCGGGCUGAUGGGACACGUUCAUCUCGAGUGUGGCGCUCGGGAGUACACGGAGAAGGAUCUUCAGUUUGGAUCGUGGAUGGUUGCUGAUGCGGAAUCUUGGCACCCUGGCACGCCGAGGUUCCGAUCCUCAGCGCCAGGUGAUCGGGAGAUGCCGAGGGAUGGCGGCGGACGUGGUGGUGUGAAACCAACACGGGGUGGACAUGGUCAGGUCAGUGGGCGUGGUGGCCGCGGUCCCAUGUGGAAAGCGAAGGCGACUACGACAUCUGAAUCAGGUUCCAGGAAACGAACCUCGGUAGACGUCGGUGAUGAUAACAAAGAUGACAAGGAGCUGGAUGACAUGGCCUCGAGCCCUGCCAAGACAAAGUCAAGACAGCAAAAGCGUGGGGAGGAACCACCUACCCCCACCCCACCCCCCGGAAUAUAA